UGAUUAAAAAUAUAUUUAUAAUAUAUUUGUAAUAUUUUUUUAUAAUAAUUUAUAAACAAUUAAAAUUUCGAAAAUACAGUGUUGAAUCUACAUACAGAAAUCUAUAUAAAAUCGAUAUUCGUAAUGAGUUAUGAAAGCAUAACAUUUCUCCCACUCAAUGAAUUCAAUAUUAUAUUACCAGUAUGACGCAUGUUGAUCUUGUCAAUAAGAAUUAAAAAAAACAGGAAUAGAAUUAUUUCAAAUGUUCAAUAUAAAAAUAUUUGUAUAUUAUAAAAUAAUUUAUAUAUAUAUAGUAUUUUUAUAAAUAAAUAUUUAAUAUUAGUAUUUUUUUUUAAAUAUAUUGUAUUGAAAAAUAUAUUCAAACAAAAGUGUUCGAACAUAUAAAUAUUAAAAUCUAUAUUAAUAUAUUAAAUAUGAUAAAAUUUUUAUAAAUCUUUGCAAUAGUAUAAAACUAAGUAUUAUUAAGUAGCACAUUAGUAAAGAGAGGGGAUAUUGGAAAUAUAAACUUUUUAAAUAUUUUGGUUCAUUUAAAAUGCAAAAAUAAAAAAAAUUUAGUACAAUUUUACUUGUUAAAUCUAUACUUUUACUACGGAAUUUAUUAAAUUUUAUUUUUAUUUUAUAUUAAGAAAUAAUUUCUCAAUGGUAAACUGUGACGCCAUAUUGGUUGACUUCGUGUAAAAUCGUUGAAUUUCGUUAGGACACAUCGGGGCCUAUGUUUGGCAGUAUUCGUUCAAUAGAGGAGCUUACUUAGAAGCCCGCCUUUUUCUACAUAAAUUUUAUAUAGAUUAAAUCAUAAUUAAUUUAAUGUAUUCUAACAUUUCAAUUAACAUUUCAAAGUUAUAAUUAUUUGUGUUGUGUAUUUAUAUUUAAUUUUAUAAACAAAUAAUAUUUUUGACAUGAAUUGAAUUUUAAAGUUUUGUAAAUAGUGACAGACACAAAAAUACGAAAUGAUUAUGUACUUAUCAUAUUAAACAUUUUUUCAAUAUAUUAUUUGUAUAAAAUAUAAAUCUAUAAUAUUUUUAAAAUAAUAAUAAUAUAAAUUUUUUUUAAAUAGUAGUAUGAUAUAUCUAUUAUUUAAAACAUAAUGAUGAAUUUAGUGAAACAGUUCCAUUCCGCCAUUUUUAUUAAUUGAGUACUUAUGGGCCAGGGAUGGUAUAUAUUGGAGUGUAUUAAAGGGCCCAUAUUUUAAUAAUUUUAAUUUUACGAAAAUUUGUCUUCUCUUCAUUAAUAGUUAUAUCAAAAUAUUAGCAUAAAUAUUAAUCAUUUUAAUACACAUUGCAAACAUAAUGAUAUAAUAAUAUUAAACGAAAAAUAUUAAUCCAUGAAAAACUAAUAAUUUUUUAUAAUCUUAAAAUAUUAUUUUUAAUAAUGUAUAUUAAAAUUAGAUCUUUUGACAAAAAAUAUAAUAUUUUAUAUUUAUCAAUUAUAUAUAUAUUUUAUAGUUAUAAAUUAUAAUAGAUUUUAUAUUUAAUUAUAUUUAACUUUUAAAAAAUUAUAAAUAAAUCUGGAUUUCAUUAUUAAUUUUUUUUAAUAUUUAUGAUAUUUUAAAUUAAUAUUUAUUUAUUUAUUUAUAAAAUUAAAAUAAUAAAAAUUUUGAUAAAAAUAAAAAUAAAUAAUAUACAUUAAAUCAAUAUAUUAAUUUAUACAAUAUUUUAUUUGUAUUUAUUUUUUAAUUUUAUAUUAAUAUUUUUAUUAACUCACUCUAUAAUAUAUACUUAUAAUAAAUAUAAUUAUUAUUUCAUAAAAAAAUUAAAUAAAAAUUAAAUAAUUAUAAGUUCAAAUAUAUGAAAAUUUUUGUUAUAUACAUUUGUAUAUCAAAUGUAUAUAUACGCGCAUAUGUGUGUAUAUGUGCGCGCGCGCAUGUGUGUAUAUAAAGUUAAAACAAAAUAUUUAAAAUAAAAUUAUUAAAGGUGAUGAUGGUGAUGAAGAAGAUGCUCUUUCAGAUGAUAGUAUGCGUUUGAGACUUUCUGAUGAUGAUGAAAUUGAGACAGAAGAUAUUUUAACAUCUGUUUUAAAUAAUCAGGAAAAUGAAUUAAAAACUAAUAAAAUUGAAACAACAUCUGAAGAUAUGGAAAUUUCUCCAGAAAAAAAUGUUAAAAAUGACACAAAUAUAAAAAAAAUAAAUCCAGAAGAACAGUGUUCGGAUAAUGAUUCCAUGGAUGAAAAAAUAGUAAUCGAUUAUGAAAGGAUUAUUAAAAAAGGUGAAAAUGAAAAUGAAGUAAUGAAACAUCAAACAAUUAAUACACCUCGUCUAUGGCCAAAUUAUGAAUUACAUUGGAGAUAUCCUAGAAGUCCUAAUGGUCGUCCUUUUCGUAGUAUCAGUCAUACUUAUAAUAGAUUUAGACCCAGAGGACGUUAUAGACUUCAGUCAUAUGAUUUUAGGUUUCAUAAUGCAUUUCUUCCUUUUGAACGUGGAAGAGGCAAUGGAACAUAUAAUUCAUAUAAUAGAUCAAUUUAUGGUAAUAGACAACAAAAGAAAAGUUUUAAGUCUAAUGCAAUGCAAAGGCAAAAUAGUCCAAUUAAAUUUGAUCAAAAUUUGGAAUCAUCAUUAUAUAAAAAUGUAUUUUCAAAAACUAUUGAUAAUGAUAUCAAAAUUAUAAAAAUUGAAGAAGAUCAUGAGACAAUAAAUGAAGAUAAUACAUUAUAUAAUGAAUCUUCAAUUAACAUUAAUAAGAAUGAUUCAAAUCAAUCAUUGAAUAAAGAAGUAGGUGAUACUAUUACUAAGGAUUCUAAAGAGGAAAAUUUUGUUAAUUCUAUUGAUAAUUCAUUAGAAUUAAAACAUAAAUUGGAAGAAAAUAUGAAAAUAAUACAAUGUAAAGAUAAGAAUAAAGAUAUUUUAAUUCAUGCAUCGAAUGAUAAUUCUGUUGUAAAACUUACAAAUUCUACAAUUAAUUCUCAUGAUAAUAAUACAGAUAACAUUAAGUUAAUUGAAAACAGUAUAAAUAAUGCAGAUGUUGAUUCUAAUAAUUUUUCUGUUUCUAAUAACUCUAAAAUAAUAGAAUCAUUAAAUAUUAAUGUAACAUAUAAACAUAAUGAAUAUAAAAAUAUAGAACACACUAAAGAAAAUAAUGUAAGUAAUCAAAAACAAGAAGAAAUAGUUAAAAUAACUAAUAUAAAUGAAAGUGGAGAAACUAAACACAUUAAUAAGUUAGAAAAGCAAAAUUCAAAUAAAAAUCAAGAAUUAACAUAUGUUAAUCAAGAUAUAAAAAACAAUUAUAGGAUAACUGAUUUAAAUAUUUUAAAUGAAAAAGAGAUGAUAAAUGAAUCAAUAAUAAAUAAAGAAAUAACAAAUCAUAAAAUUAAUGAAAUUCUUACAAAUAAAGAAGAAAUUUCUUUAGAAAAUAUGAAAUCAAAUAAAGAAAUUAUAAAAACAACAAUUACUGUAUCAAAUGAUUUGUCAAAUGAAAAUGAUAAUGAAAUCAAAGUUAUACAAAAUGUUACCACAGAAAAAUCAGUUAAUAACAGCGAAAAAUGUGAUAAUCAAAUAUUAAAAACUAAUAUUAAUAGUACAAAUUCUAUUAAAAUUAAUGAAUUUAUUUCUUCUGAAGAUCAAGUAACCCAAAGUAAAAUUGAUCUUUUGAAACAAAAUGAAAAUGAAAACGAUAUAAAAUCUAUACCAAAAGAAAAUUCUGUAAUAAGUUCUACAAGUAUAACAGCAAAUUUAAAUGAAAACAUUAAGUUAAUAUUAAAUGAAAAUAGCUUAUCCAAUAUAAAAAUACAAAAUGAUUCCUUGGAUUUUAAGGAAAAAGAUAAUAGUGGUGAUAAUGAUAAAAUAAUUGCUGAACCUAUAAUUACCCAGAAAAAAAAAAGACGAACGAAAAAAAUGAUUACCAUUGCACAAGGAACUAUUUCUGAAGAAGAUAAACAAGUUAAAGAAAGUGGAAGACAAAAAAGACGAACAGCUAAGAAUGCAGAAGAAAUAAUAAGAAAAAAAUUUCUUAAUUAUGAUAGUGAUCUAGAAUCUAGUGAUAGUUCAGAAAAAUUUGUGGUUGUAAAUUACAAAAUGAAUCAAGAUGCAUGUCCUUUAUCACCACCUUCAUUAAAACGAACUUAUUCUGAUACUAAUAGUACUAUUUUGAAUGGUAAUAUUAAAAAAAUUAAAAUAAAUUCUGAAGCAUGUGAUGAAUUAAAAACACAAGAAAAUAAUUCUGAAAACAUUAAAAAACUUAAUUAUGUUCAUAAAUUUUUCCAAAGAGAUUUAAAUGAAAAACUGCCAAAAUUAAAACAAGAAGAAUUAGAAGAACUUUUGAUACAAAAAAUUGUUGAAACAAUUACCAUGCGUGACGAAAUUGGCAAAUUAAGAGAACAGGCACGUAUAUCAGAAAAAAAUCAAGAAGUAAUGCGUGCAAAAUGUCAACAAUUGGCAAAACAAAUUAAGGAUUUUGAAAUGGUAUUAAGUCGUAAUGCUGCAGAUCGACGUGCUAAUAAUGACAAAUCUACUCCUCCAAUUAAAAUCAAUAGAUCUGUUGGAUUACAAGUUAAUUUUAUGACGGAUCAUGGCAUGCAGAAUUUACGGCAAUUACAACAGAAUUCUAAUUUGAAGUCUUUACAUCUUUCAAGUAAUAAUAAUAAUACAUCAAAUACUUCUAUUAAUGAAACAAAUACAGCCAGUCCCAGGAAAGGAAUUAAAGUAAGAUCUCCUAGGAGAACUGAAUCAAUAAUUGGACAAAAUCCUGUGGUACCGCAAAAUCAUACUCAGUCUCCAAAUAUUAUGACUACUAUCACUCCUGCAGCUUUAGUUGUUGCUAAACCUGUAGAUACACAGCAUUCUUUGACAUUACCAAAUCAAUCUAAUGUUCAACAAAUUAUGUCAAAUCAACAAAUGCAAUCACAACAAUCACAACAAACUAUAGUUCUAAAUGGAAAAUUUUCAAAUCAAAUAAAUCGUCAAGGAUCUACUACAACAAAUGUAAAAUCUCAUACAAAUGAUCUUAUUGAUCUUACAGAUGAAGAAGAAAAAAGCAAAGCAACUGGUGUACCAGUUGUAACUACUACAAUAACUGAUCAACAAGUAAAUUUAGCACAAAAAACACAACAACCUUGUUUCCAAAGGGUAAUUCAAACCAUUCCUGGGAAUGUAGCUAUAACAAGUCAACCUCCUAGUAUAAGAGUAGUACAACCUGCCAGUCAACCAACACCUACUGCCUUAGUGAAUAAUAUGAACGCGCCUCGAUUAACAUAUGUGAUGCAAAGUGGUGUAGGACCAACAAGACAAUUAUUAAUAGCUCCAAAUUCCAGUCCGAUACGACCUGUAACUUCGUGUAGAGCUUCAUUUUCAACUUUAACUUAUAAAACGGGAAUAUCAACUAUUGCAAAUGGAACAGUUCGAGUUUUAACAACUCCAGCUACUUCAAGUGUACAAUUAAAUAAGCAUCCUGCACCUUUACCAGAUAUACACAAUUAUGCUGUAAAUCCUCUUUUGAAACUUCCACCACCAGCUCCAUCAUUAAAAAUUUCUAAAGUUGCACAUGGUAUAGUAUUAUCUUGGAAUAUGAAUUUAUCAGAAAAAUAUGCAGAUAUUGUUAGUUACCAAUUGUAUGCGUAUCAAGAAAUUACUGGUAUUCCUCCUAAUACAUCAUUAUGGAAAAAAGUAGGUGAUGUUCGAGCUUUACCACUGCCUAUGGCAUGCACACUUACGCAAUUUUCUGAAGGCAAUAAUUAUUAUUUCGCAGUUCGAGCGGUUGAUACACAUUCCCGAAAAGGACAGUAUAGUUUACCUGGAAAUAUUUCAUUAUAAAAUAUAUGAUUUUUAAGUUAUUAUAUUAAUGUUAUUUUUGACGCACAGUUAUAACAAUUCAUGAUUCAUAUAACAACAAAUUCCGUACAGUCCUUUAAAUUAUCACAUUCGUUUAAUUUAUCACAUUCAUUACAUGUAAAAUACAUUUAAUGAAGUUACAGAAGUUAUAAUGAUCAAUAUGAUGUAUAAAGUACACAUACAAGCAAAUUUGUUAUAUAGUAGUAAAUAUCCAUUUAAUUGUAAGUAAUUCAUAUAUUUCUUAAUAAGUAUGAUACAAUUGUAGCUAAUAUAUUUUUCUUUCUUUUUUAUACAUCUUUUAGUUUAAAAAUCAAAAAAUACAAAUCUUAAUUUUGACAAUAUACAUAUAGUUUAUAUUUUAUAUUCAUAUCGUUUAUAUCACAAAAUUGCAAUGUAAAAAUUCCAUGCUAUUUCGUGCCAUGUUUCAUAAAGUAUUAUCAUUUGAGAGUAUAUAAUAAUUAUUUAUCAAACAUUUGAAGUUAUUUUAAUUCUAUUCUAAAUGAUUUGUAAUAGAAUGUCUAGAAAAAAAUAAUUAUUCUAGUCAAAAAGAAUUUUUGUAACAAAUACUUCAUUAUUCAUACUUCCAUAAAGACUGUUACAGUUCAAGACUGUACACUUGUUGUAUAAGUUUGGUAUUGAUAUUAUUAUUCAUUCAAAGUGUUCACAAAUAUUGCUUCCCUAUUUAUAUGUUAUACAUAAAAUACCAUCUACUUUCAUUUUUCGUUAAAUUUUCUUUAUUUUCAUUGUUACUUAUUGUAAUUGAAUAUUACUAAUAUAUGAUUUGCUCAAUUUUUAUACAAUUGUAAUAAAUUUUAAAUGUUAAAUGAUAAAAUACUUCAUAGAUUUGCGGUAUAGAAUGGAUGACAAUUCACUUUAUAUAUUAGUAUGUAAAUAUUAAUGUUUAUAUGUUCUGAUUUUUAAUAUUUGUAUUGAAAAUAUAAUAAUCUAUAUAUAAUAAUCUAUAUAAUAUAAUGAUCUAAUAUCUCUUAUAUUAUUAAGUUUUACUUAUUUUUGUGUUAAAAAUGUACAAUAAACUAAUUGCUCAUUUUUCAUACGAAUUUAUAUAAAAAAAUAAUUCUUAGUUUAAUAAAAUUUUAUUUAAAUAGUA